AUGAAGUACCAUGCGGCUACCGCGACAAUAUUCGGAUUUAUCAAACACCUGCCAGAUCCAGCAACGCCGGUGAUAUCUAUUGACCACGCGCGGUACCUUCGCCAUUCUGCUGCACAACAGAUCCGAGAUAUCCUCAGUUCGCACCGUUCCCGUUGGUCCACAAAUUGGAUGCCGUUGAAUUACGCGCAGUACGCUACCCUGGCUUCAUUUAUCCUCCUGGAGGGGCUUCAUAAUGAGAAGAGUGCCGAAGCAUUCGUAGAUCUCUGUAUCAUCCUCUCUGCCCUCUCCCGACGAUGGCUACUGGCUAAGGGGAUGCUGCGUCUUCUUCAACUUACCGCCCAGCUGAAAAGCAUUGCGCUUCCUCCCCAGACACGCGGCCUUUUCCAUGAAUUCUCCUCCAAGACUUGGAAAAUACAUGAUCGUAAACGACUCAGUAGUUUAUAUCCUAAUGUCGCUGUCACCGUUCUGGGAGAGAAGAACCUCGGCGAGGCAGAGCUGGACCUCUUUAUCGCCCGGUGGGAUGAUUUGGAUCUAUCAGACGACAUGGAAGAUGGAGAAGAGUAUAAAGAAGCAGAUAGAAAGCUGUAG